UUCAUACUUCUUGUUUGUAUAAAUGGUGAAAAUUUCGUAAGAGUCUGCACAGUGUUAAGGCUAGCUCCACCUGAAACACUAUAAAUAGCGGUUACUUGAUCAAAAUAAUUCUGUGACCUCUUAAUUUCAAUUAAUUUCAAUAUGGCAAAAAUUUUUGAAAUUUUCAGUGUGAUUUUAGCCUUUCUGGCUAUAACCAAUGCUGCAUCGAUAGACCUAACAGCAUGUGAGAUUACAACUGUUCCUCCAUGCAUAACGACCCCAGCUCCAACAACGUGCAUAACAACUCCAAAACCGACAACCCCAAAACCUACACCUAAACCAACGACUCCAGCACCAACAACGUGCAUAACAACUCCAGCACCAACAACUCCAGCACCAACGACUCCAGCACCAACAACUCCAAAAGCCACACCUCGCCCAACGACCCCAGCACCAACAACGUGCAUAACCACUCCAGCACCAACAACUCCCAAACCGACAACCCCAAAACCAACAACCCCAAAAGCUACAUCUCGAUCAACGACCCCAGCCCCCACAACGUGCAUAACAACCCCAGCACCAACAUCUCCAGCACCAACGACUCCAGCACCAACUACUCCAAAAGCCACACCUCGCCCAACGACCCCAGUACCAACAACGUGCAUAACCACUCCAGCACCAACAACUCCAAAAGCCACACCUCGCCCAACGAUCCCAGCACCAACAACGUGCAUAACCACUCCAGCACCAACAACUCCCAAACCGACAACCCCAAAAGCUACAUCUCGAUCAACGACUCCAGCUCCUACAACGUGCAUAACAACCCCAGCACCAACAACUCCAAAACCGACAACCCCAAAACCUACACCUAAACCAACGACUCCAGCACCAACAACGUGCAUAACAACUCCAGCACCAACAACUCCAGCACCAACAACUCCAGCACCAACGACUCCAGCACCAACAACUCCAAAAGCCACACCUCGCCCAACGACCCCAGCACCAUCAACGUGCAUAACAACUCCAACACCAACAACUCCAGCACCAACGACUCUAGCACCAACGACUCAAGCACCAACAACUCCAAAAGCCACACCUCGCUCAACGACCCCAGCACCAACAACGUGCAUAACCACUCCAGCACCAACAACUCCCAAACCAACAACCCCAAAAGCUACAUCUCGAUCAACGACUCCAGCUCCUACAACGUGCAUAACAACCCCAGCACCAACAACUCCAGCACCAACGACUCUAAAACCGACAACUCCAAAAGCCACACCUCGCCCAACGACCCCAGCACCAACAACAUGCAUAACCACUCCAGCACCAACAACUCCAAAACUGACAACCCCAAAACCUACACCUAAACCAACGACUCCAGCACCAACAACGUGCAUAACCACUCCAGCACCAACAACUCCAAAAGCCACACCUCGCCCAACGACCCCAGCACCAACAACGUGCAUAACAACCCCAGCACCAACAACUCCAGCACCAACGACUCCAGCACCAACGACUCCAGCACCAACAACUCCAAAAGCCACACCUCGCCCAACGACCCCAGCACCAACAACGUGCAUAACCACUCCAGCACCAACAACUCCCAAACCAACAACCCCAAAAGCUACAUCUCGAUCAACGACCCCAGCUCCCACAACGUGCAUAACAACCCCAGCACCAACAACUCCAGCACCAACGACUCCAGCACCAACAACUCCAAAAGCCACACCUCGCCCAACGACCCCAGCACCAACAACAUGCAUAACCACUCCAGCACCAACAACUCCAAAACUGACAACCCCAAAACCUACACCUAAACCAACGACUCCAGCACCAACAACGUGCAUAACCACUCCAGCACCAACAACUCCAAAACCGACAACCCCAAAACCUACACCUAAACCAACGACUCCAGCACCAACAACGUGCAUAACAACUCCAGCACCAACAACUCCAGCACCAACGACUCCAGCACCAACGACUCCAGCACCAACAACUCCAAAAGCCACACCUCGCCCAACGACCCCAGCACCAACAACGUGCAUAACCACUCCAGCACCAACAACUCCAAAACCGACAACCCCAAAACCUACACCUAAACCAACGACUCCAGCACCAACAACUCCAAAAGCCACACCUAGACCAACGACCCCAGCACCAACACCGUGCAUAACCACUCCAGCACCAACACCGUGCAUAACAACCCCAGCGCCCACACCAUGCCCAAACUCAGUUGUCGCCAAUUCCAACAGUAAACUAAUCACUUCCUAUCAGCCUACAGAUUCUAAGAAUUUGGAGAAUAUUUGCUUGGAUAAAAGGAACGGCUUUUUGUUACCUUCGCUGAGAAGUUGUAACGAUUAUUACAUUUGCCGCAAUGGAGAUGCCGUCCAACUCAGCUGCGGCAAACUUCAUUACAAUCCUUUGAAGGGACUCUGCGAUCGACCUGAAUACGCUGGUUGUGCCAACCGAUUCUAAGGCACCAAAAAUAAAUUAAAUGGACAUUUGCUUUUAUAGAAGCCUCAUUACAUACAGACACAUAUCAAAUAUGUAGAUUAAUGUAAAAACGUGAUGUCCAUAAUAAAUGAUUUCGAUACGAUUUUAUGCUAGUA